AAUUGAAAGUAGAGUUGUCUGAUUCAGUGACUUAUGCCUUAUACUGUGACAUGAUAUGCAAUGAAAAUGAUAAAUAAUACUAAAUAAAUUUCAUCGGUGAUGUAAAAACAUUACCUGUCGAUCAAUAAAAAAUAAGUGUUCUGCGUUUGAUUGCAACAUGAAGCACUCAACAUCACCGACGCCCCUGUAUCCGCGGAGCACCUCUCCUUUGCCAGCUCCAGCCAACUAUCAGCCCACUACAGCCAGUGCUGCAGUCAAAAGAUACAAAUAUCUGAGGAGAUUAUUUAAAUUCAAUCAAAUGGACUUUGAAUUCGCCGCCUGGCAAAUGGUAUACCUUUUUAUCGCCCCACAGAAGGUGUUCAGAAAUUUUAACUAUAGAAAACAUACAAAAUCACAAUAUGCUCGUGACGACCCUGCGUUUCUAGUGCUCCUGAGCCUCUGGCUUGUUUUAUCAUCAAUAUGUUUCUCGGUGGCGAUAGGACUGAGUGUGAAGAGGAUCGCUGGCUUUGUAUUCUUCGUUGUGUUCAUAGACUUCAUCGGGCUUGGUAUAUUAGUGUCAACAUUUUUCUGGUAUGUCAGCAACAAGUACCUCUGUCUCCCGGGUGGCGGGGACGUGGAGUGGGGCUACGCCUUCGACGUCCACAUCAACGCCUUCUUCCCUCCUCUAUCGCUGUUGCAUUGCUUCCAGAUACUAUUAUUUAAUCAAAUAUUAAAACAUGACGGCUUCGUAUCCUGUUUCCUGUCCAACACCUUCUGGCUGGUGUCUGUCUUCUACUACCUGUACAUCACCUUCCUCGGCUACAGCAAUGUACCGAUGCUGAAGAACGCCAGGGCAUUCCUGUUCCCUCUGCCGAUACUGUUCCUCAUGUACGUGUGCACCUUGUUCGCCGACUACAACCUCAGCGUGCAACUCAUCCAUUUCUAUGAAGCGAGACACUCUUAGUCAUGUGACGAUCAUCAUUAUCGUGUAUGAACGUUGUUUGUAACUGUUCCAAUGUAAAUAAUCUGUAUUUAUAAUAAAAUCAUUAUGCUAAA